UCGAUCUGCCCGCUUGUUGCUUGUCCUGCUCGUUUUGCCAACCGACCCAUCUGCAAUCGACGUUCUGCGGCCGCAAACAGACGACUUCCAUUCGCCGGGCAUCGAAACUCCUCCACACCGCAACCUCAACCGCUGCCGCCGGAUUUCAUUGUGGAAUAGAUCCUCCAUAGCCAUGCGCAAGGUCCAAAUCUUUUCGGGCACUUCCCACCCCGAGCUCUCGAACCAGAUCGUCCAGAAGCUCGGGCAUUCUGUUUCCCUCGUUCAUCUCAAGCACAGCGCCAAUAAGGAAAUCACGGUCGAGCUCGGAGUCUCGGUCCGUGACGAGGAUGUGUUCAUCAUCCAAUCGGGCAGCGAUUCCAUGAACGAUCAUCUCAUGGAGCUCUUGAUGAUGGUCAAUGCCUGCAAGGCGGCCUCGGCCAAGCGCAUCACAGCGGUAAUCCCGUACUAUCCGUACAACAAGCAGUCCAAGAAGAAGGGUCGAGGAACCAUCUCGGCAAAAUUGGUGGCCAAUAUGCUGGCCGUGGCCGGCGUCCAGCACAUCAUCACGGUCGAUCUGCAUUCGUCGCAGAUGCAGGGGUUCUUCAGCAUGCCCGUGGACAAUCUCGUGGCGGAGCCGUCGAUUGCAAAGUACAUUCACGAAAAAAUCCCCAACUACGAGACCGGCGUCAUCAUCUCCAAGAAUGCGGGUGCCACCAAGAGAGUGACUUCCCUGGCCGACCGUCUGAACAUGGACUUUGGCCUGAUCCACCGAGAGAAAUACCAUAUCAACGAGCAAAAGGCGGCCGAUUCCGAGAAGGGCGGCUCGAAGGGCUUCACAAGGCUGACCCUCGUGGGAGACGUCCGUGAUAAGAUAUGCUUCUUGGUGGACGAUAUCAUCGACAGUCCCAAAUCGUAUCUCGACGCGGCCCAACACCUCAAAACGGUGUGCGGUGCGACCACCGUCUACAUCAUUGCCACCCACGCGAUGCUUUCGGGCAACUCGCUACAGGAGAUCGAGGAGUGUCCGCACGUUCACCAGAUCAUCGCGACCAACACCUACCCUAUUUCGGAAGAGAAGCGUAAGAUUGCCACCAAGCUCCAGGUGAUCGACAUCAGCUCCGUACUUUCCGAGGCAAUUCGAAGAACUCACAACGGAGAGUCGAUCUCGUACCUUUUCCACAACCUGAUUUGAACAGAUGCCGACCUGUCGUCGAUCUGGUGAUUGUCUGGUGUGUGUCUAAUGCUGAUCUUGUGUUUGUCUGGUGUUGCUCACCGGUUCCGUGAAUGUAGCCGUAGCCUGCUGUGUUGGGGCUUUGUUCGUUCGUUCGUUCGCCGUGCUUGCAGAUACCGCUAUUGGCCGAGGAGUUCCACCGUGGGAUGGCGAAUCCGAGCAUGCCGCAUAUAUUCCUGGCUGAUUCACGGAAGUGCCGGAUACAGUCAAUCCAGAAAAUAACGGGACAGUCACUUUCUGGCUUCAGCGGCCUGCAGCCUGCCGAUCCGUAGGCUCCAGUGAGCAAGCCGUGCGAUUGUUUCCCGUCCUGGUUGGCAAUCGUUUUGUUUUUGUUGGUUUGGGA